UGAAGCAAAAUUUGAAUUGGUCUACAAUUCAUUUUCUGGAGAGAGAGAGAGAGAGAGAGAGAGAGAGAGAGAGAGAUGUUGGCAUUGGACAUGGUCUUAUUAGCUAGAGAUGUCGGUAUCACAAGCAUCAACAAGUGCCACCUUUUGUUAUACUACAAGAGAGUCAAGUCAACGUUGUUUGUUCAUUAAUUAGUUAUGUUCUGUGCAAAUCAAAAACGCGUUAAUUAACUCCACUACGCCUCGUCGCUGGAUUUAAAGGCUGGUGCUGCUGGAUGCAUGGGAUAUAUGCUCAUCGCCAAGGAGCGAACAAGUUCAUCAUCAUCUUCCGUCUUAACUUCGCCUGCAGAUAAUUUCAUUCUCAGGAAGAAGAAGAUCAUCGAUCAACAAGGAUAAGCCUGGGUGGGAGAUAGAAGCAGCAUGGAUUUGCAACUCCAUUUGAUCGAAACUAUUACAAACGAUUUUUCAGAGGAUCAAAAAGUUGGCAGUGGUGGGUAUGGAGAAGUUUACAAGGCGGUUUAUAAUGGGAAAGAGAUUGCUGUGAAGAAGCUUCAUCCCUUGCAAGGACUUGACGAUAAGCAAUUUCACAGUGAACUCCUUAACCUUGCCGAGGUGUCUCACAAAAAUAUUAUAAGAUUGGUUGGCUACUGUCACGAAUCGAAGAAUAAAUACAUCAAGCACAAUGGGGAAACUAUAUGGGCGAAAUCAAUGGAGAGGAUUCUCUGCUUUGAAUAUAUGCAGGGUGGAAGCCUCGAAAAACAUAUUGCAGAUGAAUCUUGUAAACUUGACUGGCCCACAUGUUACAAUAUCAUCAGAGGGACUUGUGAGGGCUUAAAUCACCUUCACAGUGCUCCGGACAAACCUAUUUUCCAUUUGGACUUAAAGCCGGAUAACAUAUUGCUAGAUAAGAGCAUGACGCCCAAAAUUGCAGAUCUUGGUUUGUCACGGGUUUUCGCUUCAUCAGAAACACAUCAAACAGAGAUUGUCAAAGGAACACAUGGGUAUAUGCCACCAGAAUACUUACAACAUCGCCUAAUAUCAAAGAAGUUCGAUGUGUUCAGUUUUGGCGCCAUAAUUAUAAAGAUGGUGGCAGGAAAUACUGGGUCUUCCCGUCGUUCUCAGAUGCCUCCCAUGGAGUUUAUUAAGCUUGCAAGUGAAUACUGGACCAAAAGGUUGCAGGCGAUGCCGGCCUCGUACUCGUCACACCAAGUAGACAUCCUUCGAGUCACUAAGUGCGUUGAUAUCGCAUUAAGGUGUGUGGACAAGGACAGAGAUAAAAGGCCUUGUAUUAAGGACAUUCUCCAUGAACUUGAUGAACUAGAAGCUGAGAUACAGAAAAUGUUACAGACAUCAGAUGUUUCAGAAGACCUAACUGUCCAGAGAAGCCGCGACACAAAUGUUGUGUCAGUGGAUCCGACGCUGGAGAUGCGGUUCCUCUUCGAGCCAAGGAAGGACGUAUCAUGCUGCCUGCAGCUGACCAACAAGACGGACGACUUCAUUGCGUUCAACGUAAAGAUAAAUCAAACCAAGUACCACGCAAGGCCAAGCAGAGGAACCAUGCCGCCGUGUUCCAAGAGGUACAUUGCCAUAACGCUGCGAGCGCAAGCGGCGGCACCGCUCAACAUGCGAUGCCACGACAUGCUCCUCGUGCAGAGCACCCGCAUCGACCAAGAGUUGGCAUCAGAUCAUGAGGAGAUUGAUUAUCAAGAAUUGUUCAAGGCGGCCAUGACGGAUAAGGUGGUUGAUGUGGUGAAGCUACCCAUCGUUUAUGUUACAGCGGGCCAAUAGUCUCCUACGCGGAACUGAGAAAGCGAGAAUGUCUCAGGUGGUAAAUGGACGUGUUGGCGAUUACAUUCAGACAAUUACUGAGUUGUUGUUUGCAAAAGGGUGUUUCUCUUUGAGGUCUAUUUAAUUGCUUCGUCUUCAAUUUUGCUGUCUUGAAUUAGCAGCUACUAAAAACACUAAUUUCUGUCUGUGGAAAGUACAGAAGACAUAUUAAUCCAAAGAAGAAAUCAUCGCAAGGGUCCUUCAAUAAGGAAAGCUUGCAUAUGUGUUGCAGAGGUAACACACUGAAUAGAACAGAUCCACAACAUUGAAGAUUACAGUAUCUUGACAUGCUAAAAGAGUGCAAU